CGUUCACACCAAACAGUGGCGCAACAUCACCUCAUUCGUGAAGCAAAACUCCACCAAUUGACAGCUCUAUUGGAGGCACUUUCGUUCCCAUCGUUGUCGUCGUCGUCGUGUCGGUCGGUCGGUCGCUCCAACAUCCUCAAGUUCAGUGCGUACAAAAGGUGCCAAAAUUCCGUUCCAAUAUUGCAAUCUCUUUCAAAAACCGUCGCGGGUAAUGAAUCAGUGCAAAUGUGAAUCAAUUAUAAAGCAAAUCAUCGCAGUUUGGAGAUGCAAAUUUGAUUGCUAGAGAAAACAGAGGUGGUCCCGUUAAUGAGCAAAGAAAAAGAAGUGUUCUUGCAGACAGCAGAGCUGAGGUGUGUAAAGCAAAGCUAAAAGUUUCUUUGGAGCUGGCUGUUGGUGUGUGUGCGAUCCAAUACUCACCUGUCAACUUUCUACACCGCACAAAACUACACCCGUGAGAAUGGUCUAGGCAGGCUGUUGUCAUAACGUGAAGCUUUCCGAGUGAGCAAUUGCUGGCUGGUGCAUGCCUGCGGCCAAUGAAUGAAGUAAGCGCAAGUAGUUGCUUUUCGCAGAAUUUGAUGUGUAUGUGUUGGUGUGUUUACAAAUGUUCUGCUGUUUUCAUUUUUGGCUUAGCUAAGACUAUCGCGACCGGGAGAUGUCGUAUAACUGUAUUUGCCGAGAAGUGUUUUGCUCUGUAGUAAACGAAUAACAAAUUUGCGUCUUUAUGGUUUUCGGUUAGUCGCUAAAAUGUGAGAGUUCUUGUUUUGGAUCCAGUUUGGGGAUUAAGAUGCAAUCGAAUCGUAACGGUACUGGAAAGAUAGAAGACGUGUGAUGGUUGGCAAUUAUUGGAAUUGGUAAUCGAGUAAAGAAAGUCCCACAAGCAUGUGUGUAGUGUUCAAGUCGAAUUUAUGCUGGUGGAUGGAUCUGCGACGCCACAGCUCAACCCACAUUUUCUAUCCUAAUCGCGACUAGUAGUAGGCUGGGAACGAAGAACCACAUAAAUAUCAAAGAUACAAAAACCGGUCCUGCUAGUUUCACAGCUAAUUUCUACAACUUCUGGGCGAUGUCUCUGCAGCUGAGCUAGAUGGUGAUAUUUUAUGCACCACAUGUCGAUGAUGAUCGAGUUGCACUUUUUGUUGCCAACGAACGGAAAACAAAUAACUGAAGAAAUUUUUCUCCUUAAAAUAUUUGAUUUAGGAACUGUCGUAUUUGGACGUUCCAAGCCCUGCCAAGAUUGAAGACAGUCAGACAGACUCCACAGCCGCUUCGACGCCACGCCUCAGCCGCAUCGAAGGUUGCUGUGAUCGACAGACAGACAGAAUUAAUUUCCAGUCGGUGAAACAGCGAACGUGAACGCGUGGAGAGUGAAGAAUGUCUUCGGAAAAACAACAUCGCAUGCUGUAGUUGCGAGAGAAAAUAGCUUACCGGGAGGACCGGGCAAUAGUGUGAAAAGGCAAUAUGUGAUAAGUGAAGUGGAAGAAGGAUUUUCGAAUCACGCCUCAAGUGUUGAGUGAGAUUAAGUGAGCCUAAAUCAAAAUAAAUUUAGCACGAUUGGUUGAACUGUGUGAACAGUGUAAAUAAAUAGCGGUGAAAUUUGGGACCGCCACGGAUUAGCAUCGACGGUUUUCUACGGGUUUAGAUCGGAUGGGUGAGAUGUCAGUGUGCGAGAUGCUGUAAGCCAGCAAAAGAGGCCUCAAAAAUGCACGACUUGUUCACAACAGUUUUGUCGAAACGCGAUCUGUCGCGAGCCGGCGAACUGUUUUCCGUUGCCGACGGUGAGAUUGUCAACGAUUUGGGUGAAGUGCUCGAGGAGAUCUCAACCAUAAUCAGCCAGGAAGACUACCUCCAGAAUAGCAAUGAUCAGUCGGUGAUCGAGAUCUGUAUAAAUCGGGUUACAUCAUGCAUCAAAAAGUCCAACACUAUAGAGAAACACUGCGCCGGACUGGUGAGUCUCCUCGAGACCUGCCUGAAGUACAAUCUGAAACCGUCCAGCCGAGAAACAGAUCCACCACACGCAAAGAUUUCGUCCGACAUUAUUUCCAGUAUUUUUCUGAACUACAACAAAAAGCACGUGAUGGAAGUAACACUACCAGUAGCGGUAAAAUUUCUUAACAAGGGCAACCUGGAGUUGUCCCGAAACCUAGCCAGCUACCUCUCUUCAGCAGCAAUCGAGUAUUCGUAUCUACUGUCGCCCCACGUACAACUGAUCUUAGAAUCACUGCUCAACGGAAACUACGGCCUGUGUCACGUCCUCUCGCAAAUCUACGACGCUGCCUCGGAACCGAUCAAUGACGAGGCGAAAAGGUUCGUGGAAAUCAUUCCUAAAUGCGAACAUCAGGAACAGAUAGUGGUCCUACAGCUUCUGGUAGCCAUCGCCAAAACCAAACCGUCCUCUUUGCUCGAAAGCAUUCCUCAGUUGUUCGAACUAGCACAAAAACCGUCAAUUUCAACGGCAGUAAUGCUGGUGAUCCUAAAACUAGCUGAAUUUAAACCAAUCAAAAUGAGUGAAUACACCGAAUCUGUGAAAAAUGUGGCUCAAGUGGUACCUCCAACGGUUGGCUUCGCGGCACAGAUCCUAUCAGCCAUUGGAAAAUCAAGAAAAGACCGGGCGCAGGUCGCUCUGGAUUUUGUUCUGGAGUAUCUCCCGAAGGCAGACCGUCCAUUGCAAACAAUUCUGCUGAACGAAGCUACCAAACUGUGUACCAAGUAUCCAGUUCUGUUCACCGACAAAGUCACUUCCGUAGUCCGCCAACGGCAAUUGAACAACAGCAACCAGAUCAAACAGACCUCGGCUGGGGUCACCAUAGUUAAUCUUAACUCAUCUGCCACCUUACCGGUGACCGCGGUAACUUCGGUGAUGACUUCUCCCGUAAUGCUCGACAGUCGAUCGAUCAUAUCGAAAACGCCAAACGUAGCUGUUUACAGCAACAACGGUAACAUCAAUGCCAACGCCAAUACCAGCAGUCUAGUGUCAACAACCGUCAUUAAUACCUCGAAUGGAACGACGACUUCAACCAUUCACCCGGCGCUGCUGACUAAUUUCAUGAACUCAGCCAACGGUACACCGUCGAUGAAUGGAGGUGGCAAUGCUGCUGUACCACCCACACCGCCACAUACUGGGUACACACGUCGGGCGAAACUGGGAGAUUCUCGAAGUACCGGUCGGUUACACUCGGGUGGAGGUGGAAACAAAAGCAUGACUCGGUUGAAUAUCGCUGGCGGUUCGGUUGGUGGUUUGCACAAAUCUAUGACAAGACUAAGCUCAUCGCAGCUGAUCGGGCAAUAUAAUGGCGAUAUGGUCACCCUGGACGAGUCCGGCAAGCCCAUGCACAGCGCUAGUGGUGUCAGUGGCGGUGCUGGGACAAGCAGUGGAGUUAGUGGAGGCGGUGGCAUCGAUGGAAGCAGCGCCGGUGGUGGUUCCAACUCGAACAGUAACAUCCUAAACAGCCAUUCCAGUGGAAAUGUGGCGAUCGCUUUCGCUAACAAAAAUAACAGUGCACAGAACUUUUCCUCACCUAUUCCACCACCGCUAAGUCAGCAUGUGACCAUAACGGGUGAGAACAAAUGGGGCAUUCCGCAAACGAAAAUAACAUCCGGCGGUGUUACGGUGACGACAUCGCCUACCCGCGGCCAGAGACCAUAUUCACAAGGUCCCAGUACUCUGAUGGGUUCGACUGGGGCACUGGGGAAGAAUUCUCUCGGCGGUCUCAACCAAUCUACCGGAUCAAUCGGAAUGGUCCAGGUGCAUCACGCUUCUCCUGCUUCGCCAACAUUGUUCAACAACCAUUCCCAGCAGACAUCACCACAACUCACGACUCUUUCGCUCAACUCGAAUGACGAUGCCAACAAUCAGGUCAGUGUAUCUGGACCUGCGACGGUCACAUCACGACGGAACGAUAAUCGCAGCGUUACGUUGCUAAACGCUAGUAGUGCCGUCAAUCAGCGUAUGAGCGUGUUCGAGCCGUAUCCGAUGCGAGAUACGAUUCAGCAUUUUUGCGAGAAACACCUGGACAAAAUCAAGGCUUUUACGGAAAGUGUUGCCCAGCGAAUACCUCCACCUGCGAAAUGCAUCAUCGAAGAACGACGAGCUAAAAAGAUGGCCAAGCUGCAUUUUGCCUGUCAGGUGCGGGGUCCGCAUUGUCUCUACUCAAGAACGAUGUUCACCAUGCGGACCCGCAACCCUCGGACUUGGAUUCAUUUGAUGUUUUUGGAUCUGCAGGCGAGAGCGCCACAGAAUGCACUCAGUAGCUGGGAUCCGAGUGUUAGUCGGUUAAAACAUUGCUGGGAUACCUUGAAAUGUGAGAACAAGACUUUCAUCACACUAGUCACCAGUGCGUUUCCGAACUGCAAGGAACAGGAAGCUUUGGUCAAUGAACUACGCAAUGCCGGGUUUUUCGAUGUGUUCGAGCUGGGUGCUGUCAGUACGCCGGAAGGGGCAAGCAGCGAGGAUUUACAGUUUCAAUGGGGUUGUUUCCUUUGCAACCAUCCGGAGAAAGCGAUGGGCUUUCUACACGGCAAUAACCAACCCGUCAUCGAAGGCCAGCUCAAGGAGAAAAAGGGGAAAUGGCGCCUGUUUCGACGAUGGCGCACGCGAUACUUUACACUGUCGGGAGCUCAUCUUUCCUGCAAGGGCUCGACCGGUGGCGAAAGUAUUGACGUCAACCAGAUUCGCUCCGUCAAGGUUUCCCGCGGGGCGAGAAACAUUCCGAAAGCAUUUGAAAUCUUCACCGGCGAUCAAACGCUGAUUCUGAAACCGAAGGACGGUAACAAGGCGGAAGAAUGGGUCCAAUGUCUGAGCAUUGUGCUGGCACAUUCACAGGCACGCGAUAGUCCAACCGCCCGUACCAAUAGUCUUCCCGCCCGCAGCAUCGGCAACAGUCGGACUGUAUUCUGAACAUAUCACAAACACAUCAGUACUUUAAACGUAGAACCUAAAAGACUUGAGAAGUUUUGAAAUAUCAUGUACUUAACGAAACAGCUAGAAAGCAUUUUCUUUCAUAUUGUUUAUUUUGAGCAACGAGAGCAAACUCACAAUGCAUAUUGUAGAAAGUUACAUAAAUUAUCGACAAUCUUAAUAAGGUGAUAAACAAGUAAACAUAUUUUCUCACUAAGUAGCAAUAAUCGAUAAGCCAACUCAUACAAUGCCAAUAAAACAAUGUGUCAAUUUUAAAUUGAUUUCAACAAACUGAUAAUCUGCAUAUCAAAUGAAAACAGAGCUUCUAAUACAUCCUGUGAAACAUAAUGGAUAGGAGUUCGUUUUUCUCGAGUAUACUUUAAUGAUAAUGAAGACUAUUCGUUGCCUAAUUUUACUAAAAGUUAACUGAAAAGAGAAAUAAACUAAAUCGAGAGAAAAGUUUAAUUUAACACUCCGCCCUUCCAGCUAUUGACUAGUCUGUAAGGUCUAUGAACACAAACAUAUAUAAAUUUGUAAGGAAUCGAUUUUGUUAAGUUUUUACAAAUCUAUACUGUAGUUGUCUAGCAAAGAAAGGACACAUUUCGGACAGAAUGUUUACGAUUAUUUAUUGAGAAAAGUGAGAAUAUAUUAAUCCAAUGAAAUAGAUGUUUGCGACGUGUUGAAGGUUA